ACCUUCGUGAAAGGAAAAAUGCCAAAAUAAGGGUGGAAAUAACGAAGACGAAGGCAGUCCAGUAAAACGUCUGCUCGUCAAACACGUCCUCGAAGCCAGGCAAAUGACGAGCCAGAUCGACAAUCCACGUCAUCUUCGUUUUCGAAUUGGACUUGGGAAUGGCGGGACCCGGACCAGCCAUGGCAGUUAACUGACGAUACAAAAAAAACCCCACUAAUUUUGCCAAAGAAUGUGAAAGGUUAUUUCCUGAAGGCGCACAGUCAUCUAGUCAAUAGGGCCUACUCGAUCGCUGUCACUGUACUUAUAUCUGAAAAAUGUUCUAAAUUCUAGAAAUGGAGACUUUUCAAUCGCACUAAAUGAACAGCGCCAUCUAGAGGCUACUCUGGACUUGACACUGCGUUUGAAAAAUGGUAUUUCCGUCCCGUCUUACGGAGGAAGAAGAAAUGUUACAAAAUAAAUAUGCGAAAAUAAGGAAAAAGAAGAAAAUUUUACAGCAGAUAAAAAAUAACAAGAACAAGCCAGCCCCAUCAACACCACAGGAUGGCCUGAAGAGACCUGCACCUGAAAUGAGCCAAGAAGAUGCGAAGGAGAAGGCCAAGUCAGUCCUAGCAGCACAACAGGCCAAGCAAGCCAAACUGGAGGAGAAUAAGAGUUCCGGCUUCAAGCGAUCACGCAAGCUUCAACGUAGCCUGAAGGAACCUGAGAAAGCACAGACCCUGCCUAGCUUCCAGCCCUUUGUCAGCCCAAAUAGUGGGCCGUCCAGUGGGGAAGAGAUGAGUCCGGGACCAGGUAUGGACAACAGGAGAUUGCAUAGAAAGAGCCUACAGGAGAGCUUUGUCAGCAGUAGAAGCACAUCGCAACCAGACACACCCGACGGUGAGAAGAAGCGUGGCAACACAAUCUAUGUCCAUGGGUACGGAAUCACCCAUGAACUGUGUGAUAAGGCGUUGAAAGGCUUCGGCAAGAUAUUAAAUAUCAGUGUGGAACAAGAAAAGAGCUGUGCCUUCGUCACUUUUGAGGACAGUGAUGCUGCAAGUCGUGCAAUAGAAGACAUGAACAACAAGAUGAUGGAUGGAGUCAGACUUUACGUGUCCCUAGCCCGACGUCAGCCCAACGUGUAUAGGUUCAACAGCAGCGAUUCAGCCCAGGCCACAGGCAACUCACAGUGGUCUAACUUAGCCAUGGGAAACAUCAAGGGAGGCAAACACAAGGACAAAAGGGAAAUGCAGGUGUACAGUGAAGAUGACCCAUUCUCAUGAAUGUACAGAUUCACAACCCUGCACUGUUGCAUAUGCAGCGGAGGCGGUCCUGAUCAUGAAUAUGCAGCAGGGCCCUCUUUGUACCAUGAUGCUUGAGGUGAACCAACCGCCUUGGACAUGCAGCAGUUAACAGAAAUAGACAGACACUCAUGCAUGAGGGCAGCCUGAAUGGAAUGGAUGGCCCAUUAUGAAUAUGCACUAGAACCUGGACGCAGAUUUGCUAAUGACUGGGCAACAAAUGGGAUGAUAUUAAUGGGAUUUCAUAUGCAAACCAUGCUAUAUACAUGCAUGAAUAAAACACAAGACUGAGUGCCUGAGCUGCUGUAAAUAUGCUGGAACUGCACAACUCAUACUUCAGCUCGAUCCAAAGUGGAACGUCAGUCAGUGUUUAUGUGGAACAACAUUCUGUUGAUGGAAAACCUGUUGGCUCUGUGUGGGGACAUCAGUGGGUACAAUGUGGCUUACUUAUUGAUUGUCAGAUGAGGCAUAUGAGCCCCAUGCACAAGUACUCCUCGACGGUUUAAAAGGAAGAGAAAGGGGAGACCAGUUGGAUGAUCUCUUGAACGUUAAAGACACCUAUCACACUAUGGCUUUUUGUAGAUUUAGAAUAGAAUUAAUAAUGUGUACUGCGUGUAAUACGUGCGCUAACCAAUACAAUGUACAUGCAUGUGAUAUGUCUGUUCACGUGAGCUCUCAGGAGUGGCCACAAAGUGCCAUAGCUCAUUCGUGCACGGAGUCCAUAGCAUGCAAUCUCUGAAAAACCAACCAAAAUGGUGUAAGAUCUACGGAUGACAGAGUGAAUGUGCAUCAACACAUGGAGUGUAAGCCAACAAUAAAAAUGGCACCAAAAUACACUCAUUCGACAGUAGCUUUAGACUAGCAGCCAAUCACGUUGGCAAAUCUGAAGUCAAUUGACAACCUAUUCAAGUGACUGUUACAAGUGCAUUCCAAUUUCCAUGGUUCUGUUUUAUUAUUGUGCUUUUGAUUUGAAGGGUAAUGUACAGAGAUAUGUAGAUAUGUACAGAGUCUGUUCCAUUAAUAAAGAGCUCAUAAAAUGCUGGUAUA